AUGGAUGCAAUGUGUGAGAAUUCGGAGAGAAGCCCGAAUGAUGUUGAAAAAUCUGACGAAAUAAGGGAGGAUUCACCUUCCGUUGUGGAGAACAACACUGCCGAAAAGCACCCAGACGGAUCAGGUGAUGCUACUGUGCAGUCUGAGUCUGACGAUGAUGUUCGAAAGCUGUUUGUUGGUGGACUAAACUGGGAAACAACUAGCGAGGAUCUUCAGUCUUAUUUUUCCCAGUGGGGCAAUGUUACUCGGUGCAUUAUAAAGAUUGAUCGUUUCACGGGACACUCUCGGGGUUUCGGUUUUGUUACGUUUGAAAAUGAAGACUCGGUAAAUAAAGUCCUCAGCGUUCCCGAACACAAACUCAUGGGAAAAAGGAUUGACCCCAAAAGGGCCAAGCCCUCCCGUGAAGCUAUGAAGAAAAUAUUUGUUGGCGGUAUAGAUCCCGAGCUCACUGAGGAGAGGAUAAAAGAGUACUUCAGUCAAUUUGGGCAGGUUGAGUCUCUCGAUCUGCCCUUCGACCUGCAAAAAGGAAAGCGAAAGCACUACAUUUUCGUCAGCUUCGCGACCGAAGCUGCUGCUCGCAAAGCCAUAGCCAAGGAAAGGCAGGAAAUCCACGGCCGCUUGUGCGAUGUGCGGGUUGCCGUAACAAAGGAUCAAGCAAACAAGAACAAGAAUAUGAAGUGUCUCGGCUACAUUGACCCAGCUUAUGCUGCCUACGCACCCUAUCCUUACGGAGAUUAUUCCAGUGCUUAUGCCAGUUUGGACCCCUAUACUUAUGGUGGAUACUACGGAUGCUAUGACUAUUUCGGUGCCGCGGCUAACCCCAGUACUGCAACCGGCGGCUAUGGUAUAUAUGCCAACUACGCCACGAAUUCUGCUCUCUUCCGUGGUCAGUACGGCGCUGGGCGGUCAAAUAACGCCCAUCAUCCCCAUCACAACGCCGCAGCAGCAUCAGCCGCCCCUAAUCCGCAUUAUCAAAACAGUGCGGCGGCAGCAGUGGCUGCGGCCGCGCCUGGCGCAGCUGGUGGUGGCGCAGGAGCAAUGGGUUAUCCUGCUGCUGCGCCGGCAGUAACAAACUCCUCUUCCCACUGGAACCCCGCCGAACCAUCUGCUCCUUCCGUCCCUACCUUCGACUAUGCAGCGGCUGCACCGCACCCUUAA